GCAGCUCGGGAAACAUGGCAGAUCCCAUCGAUGACAAGCAGAAAAUAUCAGCGGUUCUCGCUGACAUUUUGAACGCGGAACAGAGCUCUGAACACUUGCAGGUGUUGAAAACCUUUACAAGUGCGUUGAAAGACGCCGAAUACAGGGACGCCGUGGGGGAGGACGUUUUCUCCGAUCUCCUCAAGGUCCUCGCCGGGCUGCUCGAUGUGCUGCGGAGUGCGAGCGGAGGCGGCGAUGACGACGCGCGGCCCUCUGCCCUGCAGCUUCAGCUCACAGCCGAGUGCUUCAGGUCCCAGAGGAACUCCUGCGUUCAAAGCCCACGCAACCAGACACUGCUCAGGGAGCUUGGAUUCAUUGGUAUAUCCAUUGAACUCCUAAGUUAUCUUCAGACCCUGAAUUUGGAGACCAAAGAGGCCUUAUAUGAACCUCUUCGCUGCGGGAUCCAGUUUCUUGGAAACCUUGCUGUCGGAAACCAGAUGAGCAAGGAUGAAGUGUGGCGGCUCAGCUUCCCCGACAUCCUCCUGCAGCUGCUCUGUAUUGAUGAUGAGAAGGUGGUGAACUACACCUCUAUGGUUCUCCACACGUGUCUGGAUGAGGCCAAAGUGGAGGACUUGUCAAAACCGCAGAACAUCAAGCUGGCUCUCAAAGUGAUGGAGUUGUGCAGGACCCAGCCUGACCUGGACUGGACUGUCCUGAUGGCAACUCAACAUUUUCUCAAAUCUUCAGCUCUGGUGGAAAGCAUGUAUUCUGGGAUGUCCCAUCAUGACAGAGUAACUCUCUUGGAGCUGCUGUUGGCCCAGUUAAGAGAAGAGUGUCCGGGGGGCUGUGGCGUUCCCCCCAGUGUGGCCCGUUUCCUGGCCAGUUCCUUCCAGAAAGGUUGUGGCGCGGUUCUCACACUAGCGACAGGUUCUGCUUCCAGCAACGAGGUCCUACAGGAGGCGCUAACAGUGAUCAGUCUGCUGGACGUGCUGUGUGAGAUGACCUCAGACCACAAGCAGUUCAUGUUCCUGCAAGACCAUCCCGAUCUUCUGGAGACUACCGUUGAGCUUCUGGAGCAAGUGCAUGCUAUCGGGAAGGCCAGCAGGAAUAUUUUCAGCGCCACUCAGAACUUCUCCCCCUUUACCGGAGAGGAAGACCCGGCCUCGGAUUCCCCGGUGGUCAGCUUUAAGGCCCACCUCAUCAGGCUCAUCGGAAACCUCUGCCACGGCAACACCAGCAAUCAGAGCAAGGUAAGGGAACUGGAUGGCAUCCCGCUCAUCUUGGACAACUGCAACAUAGACAGCAACAACCCUUUUAUCAGCCAGUGGGCCAUCUUCGCCAUCAGGAACCUUCUGGAAAACAACCAGCAGAACCAGGAGCUGGUGGCUGCUCUGGAGAGGCGCGGCCCAGUGGACUACUCCGCGCUCAGGGAGCUGGGGUUCCUCGUUGAGGAGCGAGAUGGAAGCUUGCUGCUCAAAACUGUGAGGAAAGACUCCUAAAGACGUCGGAAGACGAAGGUUCUCUCAACCCAUCAGUGGGUUUUAAAGCAGAGCAGCUAAAGAAAUGUGCAUUUACCCCGUAGAGAUGCUUUUACUCGCAAUACUUAAAUCAGAAAAGUCUGUACAAUGAACUUUUCUACCUCUCCAAAGUUAUUCCACAUACACUAAAGACCCUACGAGGUCUGCAUGCUAUAGACGCAGAUGUCAGGAGCUCCAAGCCUGGGGAAUGAGGAGUCGGUGAGUGGCAAACACACGCUGGCACCUCUCGGAGACGUGGAUGUUUUGUGGUUUAAUCCAAAGACAAGAGCACCGCAGGGUCGAGGCUUUCUGGCUUUUCAAACACGGUUCAGGUUACCAGCAGGAGCUGGCGUUUAAUCUCAGGCCCAAACAUGGCUUUUGCCGUUACCAUGAAAGAGAAUGUCUAAAACGUGAUGUAAUCUACCCCCUCACGGCCUCGCCUAAUUAAAAUAUCAUGGCCGCGGGAUGAAGCUCUGCUUAUUAAACCGCUUGAAAUAACUGCGUGUCCGACUAGCACUAUUAUUAGGAUUGUAGGGAGAAAACAUUUAAUCCAAGAAUAAAACUUGAAGCUGUGACUGUGAGGUGGGAAAUGCAUCUUAAACGAAGACUUUUUUUUUCCCUUUUUUUCAGAAAUUAACCAAAAAAAAAAAAAAAAAAAACUAAACAAAAGCAUCGUGACCUAUUUUACCUUUAAUGGUACUAUUGGAUCAGAGUCUUAUUGCGCAUUCACACCUCCCCAAAUUAACCGAACCUUCUUUCGCAGAUGGACCAGAGUUUGAUUAAAACGUAAUUGGUGUGAGCGCACUCCCAAACUUAUUUCCAGUGAUUAUGUUAUUCAAUAUGUUAUUUGUUGCCUUUUUUUCCUUUUUCAGUGUGUACUUGUGCUACUGCAAGAUAAGAUGACAAUUUUAGAUAAUUGUUAAAACUCUUUAUCAGUGUUUCCAGUAAUUGUCACUUUUCCAAACUACUGUUGUCUUUUUUGAAACUUUUGUUUUGUGUCCCAACUAUUCAAGAUUUCUGUUUUGCACAUCUGAGAAAACAUCUGUCCAUAUGCAUGCUUUAAAGAUAUAUACAUGUAUAUAAAAAAAAACAAAAUUGCCUAACAUGAGUUUAUAACUGCACUUCUACUAGCUUUGGCACUGAAGGGUUUGUUCCUCGAUAGUGGGGAUUUCCACUACGUCCUCCAUGUAUAAUAAGCUGAUGGCAUGCAUCGUAAAUCAUUAACCAUCUCAUUGAAAUCAAAUUUAUACAGCCUGUCUCUUGGCAGAGGAGCUCAUAUUUGACUCUAUCGAUAUUUGAUGAGCGGUUAUUAUGGUCCGCUCUUUCUGUUUAAUCACAGCAUGCUUUGGAAAUGUCCACAGAGCAAUCAUACGAACGCAUGAAAGACCGAGGGAAUUGGGUGGGAAGUGUCAAGUUUGCAAAACUUCCUGUCUUUCACGUGCCGCUCGAUAAGCUGAGCCGUUCUGACAACUCGACAAUGCGGUGCUAUUUGGGGCUGCCCGCGCCCUGCUCCACCCUGUUUGCUCUGCCUCCGAUUUUUAAUGACAAAAUGGGUUAAAACAAUCCGACGGACUAUCCCCGCCGAUCCGGCAGCACAGUAGGGGAAGCUUUACGGGGUUCCGGUCAUCAGGAUUUCAGACGGCUAACAUAACAGCCUUUAGUUUACGCUCGACCGGCCGGCCGCAAUGCUUUUCAGCCCCACAGGAAAGAGGGCUGUGUGCAAGUCAGCUGGGCUGAAAGAGGUGGCAGGGCUGGAACCCGGGUGUUCAUCUGCCAAGUCAGACAAUGCAAGAAUUUUACCGUUUUCCAUAUCAGCAUUUUACAUCACAGACCUCUACUGCGCUGUUCCAAGGCCUACAAAGACUACCUUACAUCAUAAUAUCCAGAUCAUGUUUAAAUUUGGGAGAAAAGGUCUAAUAAAGUGUGUGAAUUAAAAAAAAUGCAUUUGUUCUUUAGUUGUCAAGCCUUAUGAACCCUCAAAGUUUCAAAACUUUUCAACUACAGGUGCAUCUCAACAAAUUAGGAUAUCAUAGAAAAGUUUGUGUGCUUUGGUAAAACCCCAAAUCCAGUCAAAAAAUAGAAAUCUGUCAGAAAAUCUGUUAAUGUUAUAUUUUUCAUCUAAGCGGUCUUUAGGAAAGUCAGUGACUCCCUUCACCAGAGGGUAAAACGUCCACGCUAAUAAGGCCGACUGUAAAGGGUGAGGCAUCUAAGAACACAAUUGGAAAAUUUUGUGGAAGGAAAUGGUGUGGCAGAAACAAAGUUUAACAAAAGAAAGGAAUUGCAUAAAUUACUGUGUCAGUGUGCUGUGGCAUCGAGGCAAUCAGCUUCACUGUGCUAAGGUGUUAAGGAAGCCCAGGUAGUUUUACCAGUAGUAGCUUGUCGUCUGCAUUGUUAGCUGUAAUGUCUCUUAUCCUCCGAAUUUGGACCGCUGAGCAUUCCUUUUCUCCUCAGCCCAGAUCAAACUCGUUUUGAUGUCCUUUCUGAUUAGAAAGUAGCCGCAUUCGAUGUCUUGUAAGGCUGCUGUUAUCCUUCUUCCUUGUGUAGUUUACCUUCCACUCAACUUUCUAUGAAUAUGCUUGGAUUCAGCAAUCACUUUAGUGGCUCACCCUUGUUGUGGAGGGUUUUACAAAUAUGCUAUCUGUCUUAUAAUUGCUUGUGAAAUUUGAUUAUAAAAAUAAUCAUCCAAAUGAACAGUUUCAUAUCUCGUAUCUAUGCAAUGAGUUUCCAGUUUUGCAUUAAAUUACUGAAACAAGUCUAGUUUUCGAUGACAUUCUUAGCGACUGAGAUGUCCCAGUAAUGUUUCCGGAAACUUCUCUGGUACAACGUCACGUAACUCAGCUUUUAUGGACGUCUUGAGAAGGUAAAACUCCCGCUUUAAGUGGGCAAGUUCCUUCAAGUACACUCGAGAAUUUCCAUUUCAGGAGCUUUAUUCCAAAAUAACACCAAUUCCAAAUAAGUUAUAGCUUUCAAAUAUGAAUAAAAUGACAUGAAUAAGAAACACUUUUUCCGGCUAGAAAUGACAUAAAGUGCCAUGUUCCUCAUAUAAAAAUAUAUUCUUCCAAUUGUUUUGUAACUCGUACAAAGCCAAGAAAACAACAAAAAUAAAUGUGUAAAUACAUUAAGAGUGCUGUCCAGAAAUAGCAAGCCUCUGGCGUUUCCCCUCGCUCCCCGUUUCCAUGUGGUUACGGUCCCAUGCCAUGUGCCUGAGCAGGCCUAAACCACGCUGGAAGGCUUUGUGUAAGCGGAGGGUGCCGUGUGGGACUCUCCG